GACAAGGACUGUGCUAGAUACGUCUGCGGGGUAUCGUCAGGUCAUCUCUUAGACAUUCCGCCUCUACCUGAUAUACGCCACGAUAUACCACGUCCACAAUACUACCAACAUGGCGCAAUUACCCCUAAGCACCAUCACGAUGCCACCGCGAUUCUCUAUAGAGCUCGACCGCACCGACCCCGAUGUCCCCUUCCGCGCAUCGCAGUCCCACAUCCACCACACAUGGGCGCGCACCUUCCACUCUCGUCCAGAGCUGUAUAUUCGGCCACAGAGCCUACAAGAGAUACAGAAAGUCGUCACGCUCGCACGCCGAAUGCGACGACGUGUUGUGACUGUGGGAUGUGGACACUCGCCGUCAGACCUCACCUGCACGUCGGGUUGGAUGGUAAAUCUAGACGACUAUAAAGAGGUGCUAAAGGUGGACAAGGAGCGCAAAACGAUGACGGUCCAAGGAGGUAUUCGUAUGCAUAGCUUGAAUCUACAGGCGAAAGAGCAUGGCCUUACGAUGCCGAAUCUGGGGUCAAUUGACGACCAAUCGCUGGCUGGGGCUAUUGGGACGGCGACACACGGCAGCUCGAUGAACCACGGACUACUGUCUGAUUGCGUACAGAGCUUGCGUAUUGUGCUUGCGAACGGGCAGGCAGUACGAUGUUCGGCGACACAGUCACCAGACCUCUUCCGCGCGGCGCUGGUGUCGUUGGGCGCAUUGGGCAUCAUUGUCGAGAUCGAGUUUCAGAUGAUUGAGGCGAGCGAUAUCGAGUGGAUGCAGACCAUACGGCCGAUGGAAGAUGUGCUUGCGGAUUGGAACAAUGGUCUUUGGACAUCGAACGAGUUUGUAAGGGUCUGGUGGCUACCGUACAUGCGUCGGGCCAUCGUGUGGCGGGCAGACAAGACUACAAAAGCGAGUGUGAAGCCGACAUACAACUGGUACGGCGGCAGCGUCGGCUACCACACCUACCACAUCCUUCUCUGGAUAUCGCAAUAUGUCCCGCGGUUCUUGCCAUGGGUGGAGUGGUUCGUCUUCGGCAUGCAGUACGGUUUCAAGGACGGCGCCAUAAUCUCAGCAGUUGGUGAGCAGCGAACGGAGCUCCUCAUGAACUGUCUUUACUCUCAGUACGUCAAUGAAUGGAGCAUACCCCUCGACAAAGGUCCCGAGGCCCUGACCCGCCUAACGAGUUGGAUCAAUGGCGACGAACAGAGCUCCGGUAUUCCUUUCAGCACAAAGGGCCUCUAUGUGCACUCUCCCAUCGAAGUCCGCGUUGCAAACACAGUAAACAGGGAACCACGGCCGUAUCUUGACACCUCAUACCCUGACACACCAGCUCUUUACCUCAAUGCCACCCUUUACCGCCCGUAUGGUCAAGAUCCGCCGUGUCGGGAACGUUACUACCAAGCCUUCGAGCACCUGAUGAAAGACUACAACGGCCGGCCCCAUUGGGCAAAGAACUUUCAGAACGUAGACCACACCUAUCUCUCCUCUGUCUAUGGGUCCGAUCUCGACGAGUACAACCGCGUACGAAAAGAAGUCGACCCGGAGGGCAUGUUCAUUGGCGCAUGGCACCGCCGCACAAUCCUCCCUUCCAAAACCGAAGUCCCCGUCUUUCCACUCGAAGAAAAAGAAGUUGUAAGACGCGUUCGACGGACUGGAGGCAUAGACUGGAUCGGCGAGCAAGCGCGGUGGUGGGAUGGCGGUAUCGAUGUAUUCGAGAAGGCGGCAAGCGAGAGCGGAGAGAGCUUCGACUUGAUGGCUGGUGCGGAGGCGGAGAGUAGUAUGUUGCUCGAGAGUUUGAGAGAUGAGAUCAAUGAGGAGAAGUAUGAGAGGAGCGAGAGGAUCGAGACCGAGCCUCGGAUCAAGGAGGGUGCUGAGAAGUAUUCUACCGGAACGAACGCGUUCAAUAAGAUGUAGGUCGUUCAAGAAGAUUAAUCGGUAUCAGAGGAGAUCUCCAUCUUUGCGGACCUUUGCGAUGCGUCGUCUGGUUCCGUCCAAGUGUUGGUGAUGGUGGUGGUGGUGGUAGUUCUUCGCCCUCAUUAUCUGCCUCCUCUUCUCCCUUCAACAAUCUCUCCUUGUUCACCCUCCAAUACCACUCAUCCACCGAAUCCUGUCCAAUAUUUGCAAUGAGCUCCGGGACCUCUUUCCUCUUCACGAACCCCUUCUCCCUCCUCCUGCCAACCUGCAUAAACGCAGCUUGAUUUGCUACCU